AUGGCUAAUCCAUCUUUAAUCACUCUUUUCUUGGACACCAUGUUAGCGGGUUUGAAUGAGAGAAUUGGAGUUGUGAUGAUGAGGGAUGGUGGUACCAAAACUAGAACAACUAGUACCUGCAGUUUCAUGGAAUUCUACGAGAAUAUCAUGGGGACUAGUGUGCUACCAGAUCCACCAGAUCAACAACAAUCAAUGUUGCUUGUUGAUCAAGUUCCUCAUCACCAACAAGAAGAUUAUUGCACCACAAAUUCGGAUGUUUUCUAUUUUUGGAUGAUCUUCAUAUAG